GCCUGCACGGGGCCGCCCUCCUCGCACCGCCGUCCCGCACGGAGCUGCACGCAGCCGCUCCCCGCGGCAAAGGCGGCCGGUAGCGGCGACAGGGAGCGCCUUUAUUCCCCCCAGUCCUCUUAGUCUGCUGCCCUGUUGUACCUGCAGCCUCUCCUCCCUCCAUCCCUCCCUCCUUCCUUGCUGUUCUCCUUUUUUCCCCUUCUCUUUACAUUUUGUGUGUGGUUCUUUUUUAGUAUUGUUUUUGCUUUCCUCCUCUUUUUCCCCCAUUUUUUUUUUUUUUUUCUUCUUCCCCAUUUUUUGGACCCUCUUCCUCUACUCCUCUUAAUUUCCAGUUUCUUCUAGUUUUUUUUUUCUUUGGACUGUGCCUUGUCAUGUCAAGAUGGAAGUCAGGCAUGACUGGCUUUCCUCAGCCCCCCAUGAGGGCUUCGAGCAGAUGAGGCUGAAGAGCAGACCCAGGGAGCCAUCGCCGAGCCUCACAAGAGUAGGUGCAAACUUCUACAGCACCGUCAAGCAGCAGGACUACAGUGCCAGCGUCUGGCUCAGGAGGAAAGACAAACUGGAGCAUUCCCAGCAAAGAUGCAUUGUGAUCUUUGCACUGGUUUGCUGCUUUGCAAUUCUCGUUGCACUGAUAUUUUCGGCAGUGGAUAUUAUGGGAGAAGAUGAGGAUGGACUCUCGGAGAAGAACUGUCAAAAUAACUGUCGGGUUGCUCUUGUGGAAAAUAUUCCUGAAGGGAUCAACUAUUCAGACAGUGCACCAUCCCACUUGUCUCUUUUCCAAGGCUGGAUGAAUUUGCUUAAUAUGGCUGAAAAGUCUGUUGACAUAGUAUCUUCCCAGUGGGACCUCAAUCACAGUCAUCCAUCAGCAUGCCAGGGUCAACGUCUUUUUGAAAAAUUGCUUGAACUGGCAUCCCGAAAUAUUGAGAUAAAACUAGUGAGUGACAUCCUGCCUGUGGAAUCAAAAGUAUUAAACGACCUGAAAUCAAAGGGUGCAGAAGUGCUAUAUAUGAACAUGUCAGCAUAUAAUGAAGGACGCCUUCAGUCAUCUUUCUGGAUUGUUGAUAAACAGCAUGUGUACAUUGGAAGUGCAAGCCUGGACUGGAGAUCAUUGGGACAGAUGAAAGAACUUGGUGUCAUUGUGUACAACUGCAGCUGCCUCGUCCUGGAUUUACAAAGGAUAUUUGCCCUAUACAGUUCAUUAAAAUACAAGAAUAAAAUACCUCCGAGUUGGUCUAAGAGACUCUAUGGAGUGUACGAUACUCAAAACAAACUGACACUGCAGCUGAAUGAGACAAAAUCAGAAGCUUUUGUGUCGAAUUCACCUAAACUCUUCUGCCCAAAGGACAGAGUCCUGGAUAUUGAAGCUAUAUACAAUGUUAUCGAUGAUGCCAAACAGUUUGUAUACAUAGCUGUCAUGGACUACUUGCCGAUCGUCAUUGACACAAAUGCUAAACGAUACUGGCCAUUUCUAGAUGGGAAGAUAAGAGAAGCAUUAGUUUUACGAAGUAUUAAAGUACGACUUCUCAUAAGUUUCUCAAGAGACACAGAUCCCCUUACUUUUAACUUCGUUUCUUCUCUCAAAGCUAUCUGCACUGAAGUUCCAAGCUGCAGUUUGAAAGUUAAAUUCUUUGACCUCGAGGAAGAGAGUGCAUGCUUCCUCAAAGAUCAGAAGAACACUUCCCUCCCCAAACUAAACCGUAACAAAUACAUGGUGACUGAUGGAGCUGCAUACAUUGGUAAUUUUGAUUGGGUAGGAAAUGCUUUUACGCAGAACGCUGGAGCAGGCCUCGUUAUCAACCAAGCAGACGCGGGGAACAGCACAAGCAUCAUAAAGCAACUCAAGGCUGUUUUUGAAAGAGACUGGUAUUCACAUUAUGCCAAAAGUUUACAACCAACAAAAAUGCCAAACUGCUUUAAUCACAAACUCAGUAAAGCAACAUCGAAUAAGACUGCCAUGAGCAAUGUGAACUAGAAAGACUAUUUUACUGUUUGGUAUGGCAAUGAAGAAUUACGUUGGGGUGUUGCCCUCUUUCAUAUUUACAGACAAAAGACUUCAGCAAAAAAAAAAAAAAAAAAAAAGAGUUUGGGAGGUGGGGGGGGAAUUGUUUUUAGGAAAAAGCACACUUACUUAUAUACAAACUGUCUAAAAUAUAUUCUCUAUUGAUUUGGGACUCUCAAGGUUUGUUACUUGUGACACUGAAUGUCAUUUCUGCUUCCAUGUUAUUUUUUAUGUUCUUCAUUUGAACUUAACUGAAACAAAAGAAUUGAUUCAUGCUGUUUCAAGAAUUUCCCUAAUUGCCAUCCAGGCUAGAACAAACCCUUGGCAGAACUGAGAUCCUGGCUAUGAAAUGGCAUUCGAAGAUGGGUUACUGUUGAUGUGCAAGUAGUGGUAGGUUUACUGUAUUAUAAAAGAUAGCAGAAUAAGGAUAUAUUCACCUAUCUAAAUAAUUCCUUCUAAAUAACAUCCAGCCAUGCAAGUUUUUCCUAUUUUUCAGCAUUUAGUGUGAGCAUCGCUCUUACAUGUUUUCUAAAUAGCCUUAAAUUACAUUCGAGUUCUGUGACUGGGAAUUUAUCUCUAAAGGGAUGAAGGGAUUGAGGUUGACCCAAUCAAAUUCAUCAGAAUCCCUGAAACCUCUCAGUUAAAUCAAUUUUCAUUAAUGUAACAUGGAUUCCUUUCAACGUAACUGCUCUUUAUAAUUACAAUGGUUUAUAACAAUGUAAGUCUCUUCAGUAAAAGCAAAGAUCGAGCAUUGAUUUUUCUUGCAAGCUCAAGAGAAAAAGUUACUGAAGUGAAAUACCACCCAGUGCAGGGCAGCAGUUGCUUGAUGACUCAUUUUUAGACAACUGCAUGUAGACAAUUUUUUUAUUUUUUUAGGAUAGUGAAGGGUUCUGCAAACACAUGCAAAAAUUAAUUUCAUACAUUACACUUUUUUUUUUCUCUUCAUAUCAAUUAAAAAAAAAAAAGUGAAAUGGCUUUUUUUUUUUUUUUUUUGAAUGUCAUCCAUAUAGAUGAAUCUAUCAGCCCAACAGAAAUGCGAUGCUUUCAUUCAUUUAGGCCCCAGUUUCAGCUGGCAUUGAUGGUGUCCCUCUACAACCAUGACUCAGCUGCACUAAGAUGCAACUGAUCUGUGGAAGUGAGAAUUUGCUCUUUAAAAAAAGGUAUUCAUGUGUGACAACAGAAUUUUCUCCAGCCCCAUUUUAGCUUAGUUUCUUAAUGAAAAUCACCAUCUUCUGCUGAGGAUGUGGCCACAAAAGCAAAGUGCAUUCUUUAUUUUGUUGAAAAUGUUCUGUAUUCAAAAUGCAGACUGUUCUUACCAUGCUGAAGGUUAUAGAAGGGACAGUUUGAAAGCAGUGGUUUAACAGAAAAGAAAUGUCUGAAAGGAUUAUUUUCACCUUAAGAACAAGUCAAUUAAAAGGAGAGUCUGUCUUGGAAUGCAAGUUUCAUUUACAGGUUUAAAAAAAGUUUUAUUCUGAAGUAAGCAGAGUUUUUGAAACACCGCAUCUUUUUAAUAUUUCCUAAUGUCACUUUCUGCCAGUUGCCCACUGAAGAGAGAGGAGCACACCAUGAAACCAGUUGGGACUGGCAAAAGCACUCUUCUCACAAACACUGUUUUGCCAUUUCCCAGUUGUACACCAUCUUACUGAGAAUAAUUCUAUUUGUUGUCAACUUUUACAGCAAAGUGCAGAGCUCUGAUGCUUUUUUAAUGUUCAGAUAAACCGUGCAAUUUAUUAGCCUUCACAUAUAUAGAGAAAAGCGUAUAGUUCGACAUUCAUUUAAGAAACAAAGUAAUCUGAAGAGAGAAAAGUUACCUGAGUUUGAAGGAAAAGUCUUUGUGAAGAAUAACUUUUGUAUUUUCCUUCUUCUGUAUAUAACUUCAGUAUAUGUAUAGCAGGUAUGGUAGAGAUCCCCAGUACUUAACUAACAGAAUCUUUUCUAUUAUUAUUAUUAUUAAAUAAGGAUCAGUCCAGAUACAUCUCUGGUGAAACUCUUACCCCUCAGCUGAGUUGCAUCACCAAUGAAUUUUGUCUUCUGAGUCAAGGGGGGAAAAAGUAAUUAAAAAACAACAUUUUUAAAAACAGGUUGUAAUAUUUGUAAAUUUUCUGAGAGAUUGAGAGUAAGUCCCCAUGGAUGGGUGAUCUUACAGCUCAAAGUAAAUUUAAUACCGAGACUUUGGAAAAAGGGAAAAGAAAACCUACUCAGAACCCUUUCUCCCCACUGUCCAGAGUUGGUAGCUGUAGCACCUGAUGGCAAUAAUAUUCAAGAAGAAUCAAUGUACUAUUUUCUCCCUCGCAUUAUGGAUAUUAACAAUGUCUUAAGCUUUUGAAAUGGCGUUUUGUACAUGUAAUGAAGAAUCUCAGUGAAAGAGACAUUGUCAAAUCUGUCUCUUCCGAUUUAGUAUUUAGUGAUGAAACAACGGAGUUACCACUGACCUUCUAUUUAGUAUACCAAAUGAAUGAUUCAAAUAGUAGUUUCAUUGGACAGAUUCUAGGGAAAUACAAUCCUAAGCAUUAACUGGGCCCAUCUGUUUACAAGUAUAUUCUUACUGACUUAAUCAACAAAUUCUGAUGCCUCAAUGACCCCCCCCCACAAUGUAAUAGUAUGUUCUUUUUUUAUGAUGGAAGGGGUCUGGUUUUCUCUAAGCAACUCUAGUGCAAAAUAGUGUCAGCCAUCCCACAGUCGGACUGGCAGGCUCAAGUUUCAUUUGGUAUAAAGCACAGGUUGGUGUUUUAAUAGCUGUUCAGAUUGGCAGCGGCUCCAAAGCAGCACAGAAGGCUUUCGUCUUUUACAUUAACCAAAAGACAAAGUGCAUCCUUGGACUUCAGCAAGUAGGAAAUUAAGGAGAAAACAAACAAACAAACAAAAAAACAACAUCAUACAAACAUUAUUUUUUAAAGCUGUUGCAGCCAAUUAUUUGUUUCUGGCUAGCAUUGUUCCUGCUUAACUAGAUUUGCCACAGCAGCCUCAAAUGUGGCUUCAGCUCCUUCUGCCAACGUAAAUCAAUCUGUAACAAAUCUAUUUCACAUUGAGUUAGCAGAGAUCUGUCUAGACCAGUUACCUCUUGCUUCAGCUCUUCUGAAUAUCACCACUGCACAAUUUCCAAACCUAACAGGAAUUUGUAUUUAAUUGUGUCUUGUGGACCUCAGAGACAUAAUCCAAAAGAUGCACUUUCUCUAAUCCCCUUCUAGCUGGCAUUGGUAACUCUGUCAUAUUAUAAGCAAUUUCCUAAACUGAACAGCUUUAUUCUUAAAGAAUACAGACUGUAAUUGUUGUUUGCUGCAUUUCCUAGUGCCUUACUCAUAGUUUUUGUUUAACUGUUCCUCGAGCGAAGUCCUGCUAAGAUCUUGUACCUGGUUCUGAGGCAUACAGCAAAGCCUCCUAAGUAAGAAGGCUACACAGUGUGAUGUUUACAGGUCAGUACCUGACACUAAAGUCACAAAAAGACAAAAAUGGUACAUAUGAUGUUGGUCCAAAAGCCAAGCAUGUGAUUCUGAGAAUUUUUUUAUCCCAGCCCAGUUUUAAAACUGAACUGAACUCCACAAACUACUCCUGCAUUUGUUAUCAACUAACCCACAAAGUGAUCAAGGCAGUCUGUGCUGCUGAAGAAUAAAAAACAGGAAGUGACAUUAAAAGUCAUUUAACACAUGGCUGACACCAAACCAUCACCAGAGGAAUUCCUUUAAAGCACAGUGUGAAGUCCAAUACAGUGGUCACUUUACAAGUCUCACGUAUUACAGCUCAAGUAGUUUUGGGCAGGGCAUUGCUUUUUUCCUGCCUCUAGCAUCUGGUCUGUUUGGGUGUAAGGAAGAAGGAUGUUCUUCAGUUUUUAAUACUGGAGGAAAAAAAUGCAAUAGGGCAUGUAAUGACUGCCCUGAACAGGUAUCUACAGCUACUCUCCCUUUCUCUCCAAUGACCAGCAAAGCAUGUAUUGUGUGCUACCAUACACACACACAAAAAAAAAUAAAAAUAAAAAUAAAAAUAAAAUAAAAUUGGAUAGAAACAAAUCUUCUCUAGUCAGGCUACAGCUGUGGCCACUGUAAGAAAUGCAUUUUUGAACUGAAUUGGCUGGCCUUGCUGAGCAGUGUUUUACACAAUUCAGGGCCCAGCAUUCCUUCUAAUAAAUCCAGACUGUGAACAAAGCUCAAGGGAAAGCCUGAGGAAUGACUAAAAAUGCUCAGAAUUCUACUCUUAAGAGACACUAAUUCUUUGCAUUCUGCUACCCACCUAAAUUCUUUGUACUGCUUCACUGAGUAUUGCAUAUAUAAAAAGUGAACUAAGAUCCACAUUAAUAUUACCUACCAUUUCAUCCUAAUCCAAGGAGAAACCAAAACAGAACAUUUCUUUGGGAUUUUUUUUUGUGACUUUAGUGUGUACUCACUGAAAAUAGCACAGACUUUUUCGAUAUGAUGGUAAGACAUCAGCUGGCUAUUCCAGAUUUUCAAAUUGAAGUCCUUUACAAAUAUCUUCCUCUUGAACAUCACAUACCUGACUCCUGAGAAUGGCCUUAUAGAGAGUUGUAAGUUACCAUUUUGGACUUCAAAAUUAACUCUUCAUUUUAAUACUAAAAUAUUGACUACACCUUUCUAUGUUUAGAGACAGUAACUUACGGCAGUUUUACCUCCACCCCUAUCCUUUCUAUACACAUAUACUCACAUUUUUUCACUUGUCCAGUUUAAUCUACUGUAAAAAAGAAUGAAUCCUUGGUGUAUUUUAGGUUUACAGUGAUACCUCCUGAGUUGAACGCACCAUUGAACAUAUUCCACUUACAACACCACACACUAUAGUAGCUCAGCUGUUAUGCUAGACAGAAUGCUUUCCUCACCUGUAAUUUUUCCCACUAUAAAUACUACUGAUUACUUAGGAAUUUCUCAGUGUUGAAUCAGGUAGCUUUUGCAUCACUACUUCACAUAAAUGCCUUAGAAGCUUGCCAAACUAGUAUGUAGAAGAGAGAGACCUCAUACUAAACAGUUUAGACAAUGAAAGGAACUCACACGCUUUACAAUGUGUGGAUGCUGAAGUCGGUAGAUGAACUCUAGUCCUGUAGUAGUCAGGGAGCUGCAUGUCUGAACAUAUUAAGCCUCUCUUGAAGAAGAAAAAUAAGGUUGAUAGCUGAUUGAAGUUACAGAAUAAAAGAGAAUAUAGCAAAACAGAUCACAAUUGUAGCAUUCCAAAGGAUUGUUCUGAGCUCCUGCUGAAAAGUUUUAUGUUACACGGCCACAAAUGUGUAUAACAUAAGGUACCUGCAUCAUGAACACAUACUGGGCAUUAUAUCUUGCAAAGUAAUAACAGUCCCAUCCUCAACAGCAUUACAUGCAAUUUGGAUAGAAAGAAAAGAAGGGAAAAUAACCACAGAGUCAAAACAACUUGAAUCAGACUGGGUUAACAGACUUGAUGCUGACCUAAAGGCUAUGGGCUAAGUUCUUGUUUUGUUUCUUUCCUUGCAAAAUCCUGCAUUUCUUAGGCACCUGCCAUUCUCCUCUUCAGGAAAGAAUUAACAUGAUUUAUUUCCAGAAUGAGGAGGAAAACUUCAACAAUUACAAAAUUUAUUUGUGUAACAGAAAGCAAAGAAAUCAGCAUGAAUAAGAGACCACCGAAUUCUUUGUAGCAGGUCCUGAAAAGUAAAGCAAUAUUAGAAAUAGAGCUUUUUCUUGUACAUCACGCUUCUUUAGUGCUAUAUAAACAAAGGCUUUCAACACAGCAAAUACCUCCAGGUAUAGUAUCCUAUGUCAUAUUUCGGUAUGUUCUCUCAUUGUACAAAUACAACCAAGUUGGACAGAUACCAUUCUGAACUAACCGGGGAAAACUAAGCACAAGCAUCAGGUCAUCAAAUCUGAUACAUGAAUCGCACUCAAGCAUAUGUACAUCUAAGUUUUUGUUUUUUUAAAACAAAAACGCUACCUAGAUAAAGUUUAUUGCCAACUCAGAAGCUGGAACUAUGUUUUCAAAUGUAACCUUGAGGAGAUUCCUAGGGUCUUCAUGGGGAAAUAACUUCAUUUUAAAGAUUAAAGGCACUGAACGUUGUAUGUUGCACUGUCUGAACAAGACAGUAUAUAACACAUAUAGUGAGGAAGUGGAAGUGUGUGGAGCCUCAUUUUAAUGACUGACUUGCUACCAAAAUCUUUCUAGUAGAUUUCCUCAGUAUUCCAUCACCUCCCUUUAUUCCUCAUAUGUAAUUCCUCACGUGAUAGUGUACCUGUAUUUUUUUUUUCUUCUUGAAACUUGAGAUCCCUAAAAGAAAAGCAGCAACCGUUUCUUUCUAAAGGUUGAGGAGCCAAUCUCACUUACCCUCUCACUGUUUCCUUAUCCUUCAGCAGAACAUUCCAGGUUUUCCAAUUGUGAUUGCCCAAGGAGCAAAGAAAAAACACUUCAACUUUGUAUAAAAACCAUGGGUGGCUCAGCAAGCUUUUGCCCUUUCAGAGCACCCUUACCUAAUACAGUACUAAGGAAAGCAUAAUAAAGGAGCCCAAAAACAUGAGGAAGGUAUGUUCACCUGCAGAAAUGUACAUACAGAAGGGUGGGAGGGGGAUUGAAUAAUAGAAGAAAAAAAAUCUGGCAAGUUUUAAGCGAUGUAGAGGUUCUGGUGACAGCCUUCUUAUGACCUCAUUUUGUUCUAAAAUAUACAUAUAUAUAUUUUAUCAUACAGACAGAUUUUAAUGACUGAAAUUUGCUGUUAACUUAAGUACAAUAAGGAGAGAGGACUCCUGUCUUUAGGAAUUGAAUUUGUACUCAAAAGGUGGUACAUACCUGUGGGAACUUGGGGCUCACAACGAAGUACAAUCUGUUCCACUUCCAGGAGAGCACCAUACUAAAAGCAGCCACAGCACCUGCUUCUAGUAAUCUGCAGGUGCUUUAAAUAAAUUCCCAGGCAAGACUGAAGAAAUUUUCCCUGUAGAAAGUACAAAGAAUGGCAGGUUCUGUGAGAAACACAAUGAACCUAAUGCAAACGUUAAGAUGCCUAAGAAGUCACGAUCAAAAUGAAGCCCAUUCUCGUUUUUGCCAACAUUUAAAAAAUAAAUGAGAACUGGAAGAAGUCUGGGAUGCCAGCACAAUACCCCACAUUGAUAAAGUUGGCAUUUCUAAAUAAACAAGCCAUUACAUUUCUGGACAGUCGCCACAUGUAAACUGCUGCUCUGAAUAUGACAGAGUGCAGAGUCUGUGUAUCGUUAGCUCUGAUGCACUGCCCAAAGUUUUGGCAUUAAAGGUCUUAUGGGUCACCUGUGGAAGUUUAUUGCUUAAAGUCAGGCAAAAAAAGAGAAUGUUUCUAUGCAUAUUUAAUACAAGCCCUACUGUCAAGUAGUCGCUUAAAAAAAAUAUGUCACUUCUGACAGUCCUCAGAUUGUAAACAAAGAAAUCUCAAGUCUGGACACUGCAAACCCAUUUUCCAGUUAUCAGAGAGCUAAUAAAAUAAAGAGUUCAUGAUGCCCCCUUAUCCAUUUCAGAUUCCAAAUGUCCUCGUACCACAUUCGUGAUGUGGAGUUGAAGCUCUACACACACAAAUGCUCAGAGCCACAUCCUCAUAGGAGAAAUGGCUACAUCAGAAGAUCCAGAAACAUCUCUAGUAUCGUAACUGUUUCACUGUUAUCCUAUUGUGAGGCUGACAGAAAACAGCACAUCCCGGACUGGGAAGGGCUGCGUGUCCUUUACUAGGAAAUGGGAAUAGAACAUGCACACAGACUAUAGAUAACAAACCACAGAAGUAAACUGGCCACAGCAUAAAAAUAUAUUAACAUAACAGAUUCCUAUAGCACAAACCAAAGCCAUUCUACUCACCUUUUCACUCCCACAUACAUGUGUGCCAAAGCUUACUUCUUAUAAAACGAAGGGCGAUGCUUCUCUUUCAGCUAAACACUACAGGUAGGAUUACACUUUCCUUCUCUUCCUCCCCAGUUACCACUGCCCCCACUUCUUCCUGUUCUCUUUCCACACCAUUUUUUUUUUCCUAUCAGACUGUUUCUGCUACCUCCUCCUCUGCUUCUUACCUGGCUUUUUUUGUUCUUCAUUUUUGAGCUAUUAUUUCUUACACACCAGUUUGUGUAGGACUCCUUUGCUACUUUGCACAAAGCAAUGAAUCCCUGCAGCUUGCAGCUGGGGUGCUGUGACAUCCUCCAUCAUUACCUCUGCUAGCUUUACCUGAAGUGCCAAGAGAAAGGAGGUAGAGGAGCACGUUGUUUAAAGAAAACAACAUUUUUGUUUUAGUUUUACUACAUUGGCAGACAAGGAAAGCAGGAUAAAAUAUCUGAAAGGGAGAAGGGUUUAAAGUCAUAAUCAGCAUCAAAGCUCACACAACUUUAACAAAAAGCUUUGCCCCCAAACCUGUUGCUCACUGCUGUCCUGAGUCCCACACCAGGUGAAGCUGCCAAGCUGUGCAGAACAAGCAAGGCAAAACCAUGCACAGCAGCAGCUCCACAGCCCCCACUUUCCCCACCAGGUUCCCUGCAGCCAUAGAGAGGUCUAACCUAGGUACUGUCAUCUUGCAACAGAUGAGCAGUUGAAGCUCACUAUUGUAUAUGCAAACACUGCCUUCAAGAAAGUAAAUGGAAAAAAAAAGAAAAUUUCCCCAUGGGUGUGAUUUUGACACUGCAUUGUAUUAUAUUUCCCUACACAAGCUGACAGUAACAGGAGUCUAUCAUCAAGUUUGCAAGGCAGGCAGGACAUGUACUAUACAAGUUUACUACUAUGCCUCCUCUAUCAAAUAGAAGAAUCUGUCUAAACUUAUUUUGAAAACUGCAUGGCCAGCUUAUGCAGUAGUUAGAUACGUGGCAAGGUUGCAGUAUUACUCUCUAAGGAGAAUACAGUAAAUGUGCUUAUAUAUUUUGUUAAUUCGAGCAUUGUGUAGUCUCCAAGCUCUUCUAUGAGAAGUAUGGGUAACUUCUCAUCACCCUAUUUCAGAACACAGUAUUUAUCACAGAUGUGUACAAUACAGUGGCAUAGCUUAGGCCUGUUAUAUAGGUCAGUACCUGCAAUGCACAUGAGAACAUAGUCUGCCUCCGCAAAGGAGAGUGGCUGCAAAAUCUAUUUUGGAUAACCCAAUUUGUAUUUAAGGAAAUCAACGUGUGGUCAUUUCUAGAACUGUGAAUAAGGCAACUGCUGCAUGCUUAUAUAUUUGAUAAGUUUUAUUAUACUAUAUCCUUAUAUGAAUGCCUAUGCAGUGUAAAUGCUUUAAUAUAAGAUACUGAAUUUUUUUUACACAUUAUUUUCUAAACGACUCUACAUUGUACCACAUUUAUCCAUGUUCUGUGUUGUUACAAAGCGCAAGCAGGAAGACACACGAUUUUAAUAACUCACACAGCAGCUCUUCAAAUCCAUUAUAAAAACACGUUCUUAUAUAAAGACUUUUAACUUGGCAAGAAACGUGCUUCCUUUCUACACUGGGCUUGGUUCAUAGCAAUACCUGGGUAAUGGGCGUAUACUUAGUAAAAAUAAAAUAAAAUCAGAGUCUGUAAACGGGGUUCUGAACUCUGAUGUAAACCAGUGCAUUGGUAUGUUUUGAUACCUUUGGAAACAACUCAUCUGCAUUUAUUAGGGAAACAGCUGACCUGUCAAUCUGAAAGCAAACCCUCUUGUUUAAAACCCGCAGACUGAGCAGUUGCUGUGUUUCAUGCUGCAGGAUGACAGGCAAUGUAGCAAUUUUAUUUUAUUACUGUUUUGUUCUUUUUAAACGACUUCCUUACCAUCUUAUCACAGUGAGGACACGUUAUCUGUCUGUGAACUGGGCCCACUGUUUACAGCAUUACUCUAUGUAACCAACAUCCAAUGUACUUAUCUGAAUGAGAAGAUUCAUUCUUUGGAACUAAAAACAACUGGGGAAGCUGUGGCCUGGUACAGGUUGGGUGCUGCUGUACUGGGGCAUGUUGCACAUUUGGAAAUCACUGGCUGAAAGACUGCUGGCUAACAGAGCACUGUCAGCGUUUGGAAGUGGGUAAUACUGCACUGCUGCAAACUAAGCUACCAAUGACAUAACACUACUUCAAGGAAAAAAAUAAAAACACAUUAAAAAUAUGUAAAUAUUUAUUUUAAUGCUGCAGCACCAUAGCUAUCAUUUUUCACUGCUUUGAUAUCCAAGGAUUCCUAGUACUACACAAAUGAAUUUCAUCUGCUUUGGUUUUUAGUUUCGGUAUUUUCAUUCAAAGCAAAGUAACUCCUAAGUAACUCCUAUUUCUUUGUACUGCACUGAAAUAAAACAAAUCUUGUUUCAGUA